CCAGCUUCCCCUUCCCGCUUCCCGGCCGUCCCCCCUCCGCCCAGCGCAGCCCGCGGAGUCCCCUUUGGCUCUGCCCAGCCCGGGCUGGGGGUCCGGGGGUGGCGGCGGGUCCCGACCGGCUCCCGGGCCGAGCCGAGCCCGGCCAAGCCGCACUGGCUUCUUUGUCUGCGGGCGGCGGCCGCUCCGGCCCCCGCCCCGGCCCCCGGCCCCCGGCCCCCUGGCCCGGGCUGUGAGAUGAAUCUCUAAUCGGUCGCCGCCGGACACCCGGGGCGAAGGCGGCUCGGGCUCGGGCUCCGGAUGUGCUAGGUGUGGGCUGGCCUCCAUCGCACCCUGACAAGUGACCAUGGAUCCUGGAGCCGGGCCAGACUCAUCUCUGACUGUCAAUGAGCAGGUCAUCGUGAUGUCGGGCCAUGAGACCAUCCGGGUGCUGGAGGUUGGAGUGGAUGCCCAGUUCCCCGCUGAGGAGGAGGGCAAAGGACUGGAGGGUGUGGCCACCAAGGGGUCCCAGAGCAGAGGCCCUGCCAAAGCCAGUGAGCCUGCUGGUGAAGCCGGGCCAGACAACCCCGACUCCUCUGCAGAGGCAACUGUGAAGUCACUCCCGGGGAUCCCUCCGAGCCCUGCCCCUGCCGUUGCCACCUUCAGCCAAGCCCCAAGCCAGCCUCAGGCCUCGCAGACCCUGACAUCACUGGCUGUACAAGCUGCCCCCCAGGUCUUCACUCAGGAAAACUUAGCCACAGUUCUGACAGGAGUUGUGGUUCCAGCAGGGGCAGUUACUCAACCUCUUCUUAUCCCCAUCAGUAUUGCAGGUCAAGUGGCUGGUCAGCAGGGGCUGGCCGUGUGGACAAUUCCUACAGCAACCGUGGCUGCCCUCCCAGGACUGACCGCUGCUUCUCCCACGGGGGCAGUUUUCAAGCCACCUUUAGCCGGUCUCCAAGCAGCUGCCGUGCUGAACACCGCUCUCCCGGCACCCGUUCAAGCUGCCCCACCAGUACAGGCCUCCUCGCCCGCCCAGCCACGGCCACCAGCUCAGCCCCAGAUGCUGUUCCAGACCCAGCCGCUGCUGCAGACCACGCCUGCCAUUCUACCGCAGCCCACUGCUGCCACCGCUACUGCCCCCACCCCCAAGCCAGUGGACACCCCCUCACAGAUCACCGUCCAGCCUGCAGGCUUCGCAUUUAGCCCAGGAAUCAUCAGUGCUGCUUCCCUCGGGGGACAGACCCAGAUCCUGGGCUCCCUCACUACAACUCCGGUCAUUGCCAAUGCCAUUCCCAGCAUGCCGGGGAUCAGCAGUCAGAUCCUCACCAACGCUCAGGGACAGGUUAUCGGAACACUUCCGUGGGUAGUGAACUCGGCUAGCGUGGCAGCCCCAGCACCAGCCCAGAGCCUGCAGGUCCAGGCUGUGACCCCCCAGCUACUGUUGAACGCCCAAGGCCAGGUGAUCGCAACCCUGGCCAGCAGCCCCCUGCAUCCGCCUGUGGCUGUCCGGAAGCCAAGCACACCUGAGACCCCUGCUAAGAGUGAGGUGCAGCCCAUCCAGCCCACACCAGCCGUGCCCCAGCCUGCUGUGGUCAUCGCCAGCCCAGCUCCAGCGGCCAAGCCAUCUGCCUCUGCUCCCAUCCCAAUUACCUGCUCAGAGACCCCUACGGUCAGCCAAUUGGUGUCCAAGCCACAUACCCCGAGUCUGGAUGAGGAUGGGAUCAACUUAGAAGAGAUCCGGGAGUUUGCCAAGAACUUUAAGAUCCGGCGGCUAUCCCUGGGCCUCACACAGACCCAGGUGGGUCAGGCUCUGACGGCGACGGAAGGCCCAGCCUACAGCCAGUCAGCCAUCUGCCGGUUUGAGAAGCUGGACAUCACGCCCAAGAGUGCCCAGAAGCUGAAGCCGGUGCUGGAGAAGUGGCUGAAUGAAGCCGAACUCCGGAACCAGGAAGGCCAGCAGAACCUGAUGGAGUUUGUGGGAGGCGAGCCCUCCAAGAAACGCAAACGCCGCACCUCCUUCACCCCCCAGGCCAUAGAGGCUCUCAACGCCUACUUCGAGAAGAACCCGCUGCCCACAGGCCAGGAGAUCACCGAGAUUGCUAAGGAGCUCAACUACGACCGGGAGGUCGUGCGGGUCUGGUUCUGCAAUCGGCGUCAGACGCUCAAGAACACCAGCAAGCUGAACGUCUUUCAGAUCCCCUGAGGCUCGGCCCCCAGCCCUGUGUUCCGGCACUUUGUCCUUUUCCCUUGGCACGUGGUGCUGCCACAGCACCUGUCAUUCUGCCCUGUGUGGCUGUGCUUGUCCCGGGUCACGAGACUCCACUUGUGCAUGUGCGUCAGCUGCGUCCCUCCUCUUUCCCGCGUAUCUCACGUCCCGGGGAGGGCCGAGGGCCUGCCGAGAGCUCCAGGCCCAGGGCUGGUCACACCGAGGGAGGGGAUUUGUGGUGUCACUUAAAGAAGCACUUUGCUACUGUGGUUUUUGACGGGUGAAUUCUGGUUGGGAACCAGAAGCUCCCCAUCUUUGCGGCAGGGCUGCAGUGGCCCCUAAGGACCGCUGGCCCUUAGCUCUUGUUUUCGAUGGCAUUCUGUCUCCACCCUGUCUUCUCCUUUGCUCCUCUGUGUGAGUGUGGCAGGUAUCGCAGCUCGUCCAGUGGAACCACAGCCUCACCCCCCACCAUUGCCUGCAGGCACAUCGUCCCCUGAAAGCACCCAAGAGACACAAAUUCUAAAAAGUGUGAUGUGCUGCUCAGAAGGUCAGACUCAGUGUCUGCCUUGACCUCAAGGUCAAGAAGGUUCCCACAGCCCUGGGGCCAGAAUAUGUGAUCUCCUCUCCCACAUCUCCCUGGUUCCUUUGGGGGGAAAAUUGCACUAAAGCAGAACCUUUUCUUUUGUAAUCCCUAUCAGAAGGAAGCAACAAUGAACUCGAGCUGUCCCGGAGUUGACCUGGGUCUGCAGCAGGUGGGGAACUUAGUAAAGAAGGCCAUCCUCCCAGAUUUUAAUCCAGUCUCUCUGUCCAUGGCCAUCUCCCCACAAAACAGUGUGGUUAAAAGAACUUGCUGCCUGGAAAAUCCCACUACCCAACUAAGCAGGCACUCUAGAGAAAAAUGAAAAGAAUGCUGACUCUCUUUCUCUGGUCCUCUCACUCACCCCAUCUGAGUACUGGGGCCUUCUCAGAAGGAGCAAAUUAAACUAUAAACCAGACAGCAAGGCCUGGGAGGAAAGGCCAACAUCCAGAAAGAGCUGAUGGCAGCCCAGGAAAGUGUCUUGUGGAAGGUGA